CAAAGGUAUAACUCUCUCUCUCUCUCUCUCUCUAGAAAUUUCAUUCCUGUCUUCUCAACUUUCACCUAAAUCCUUCAAUCGUAUUUGAUUUGAGAUCAGACAUGGCAACAGAGCCCAAGGCAGCUACGGAAGAGGCUAAAAUCGAUCUCUUUGAAGACGAUGACGAGUUCGAAGAGUUUGAGAUCAAUCAAGAAUGGGAGGAUAAGGAGGAAGGAAAGGAAGUGACCCAACAGUGGGAAGAUGAUUGGGACGAUGAUGAUGUUAAUGAUGAUUUCUCUCUGCAGCUCAGAAGGGAACUUGAGAACAACCAGGACAAAAAGUGAGACUUGAUUACCUGACCCGAAAAAUUCUAUCCUACCACAUAGUUAUUUUGAUGUUCACCCAUCUAGUUUGCUUAGACAUCAGAUGUACUGAUUUUGGGCCCUUUGGAUCAAUGAAUUGUAUGAAAUGUUGAACCCUUUCUCUUCAAAAUAUAUUACUAGGUGAAAUGCGGCACUUUCCAUGCUGCCAUACAUUUAAAAAA